AUGCCAAUACAUCCAGACCCGCAGUCGCUUCGUGCGUCGAAAGAGGAGAUCCCUAAAAAACACGACGAGUGUCUAGAAAAAGAUAUACUAGAUCCGAAAACUGACCCAGAAACCGCAAGACCAAAAAGUCUACAGGCAGUUGAAUCGAAGGCCUCGACAGGCUCGACUCGUUCUGCCGGCCGUGUCCCAAAAAGCGAGCGAAGAGGCCUUCUUUCUUCACUCACCAUCUUGCCCGAAUACUAUGACCCGCGAAGCUACAGAACUCUGCAAAAAAUAUCUGUUGUGCUCAUAGUGGCGUUCGCGGCGGUCUCGGGCCCAAUGGGCACGACCAUUUUGCUCCCUGCGGUCAAGGAUUUGUACGUGGACUUGGACACGUCCGUCGCCACCGUGAACAUUUCCGUGGGCAUUUAUCUUCUAUCGUUGGGAAUCUUCCCCAUGUGGUGGACAAAUUUCUCCGAGCGGCACGGCCGCCGGUCUGUGUACGUGCUUUCGUUUGCGUGGUUCUUUGCGUUCUCGAUCGCAUGUGCCGUGGCGCCGUCCAUUGGCUCAUUGAUUGCGUUCAGACUACUAGCGGGUGUGGGGGCAUCGGCCGUCCAGUCUUGUGGCGCCGGGACGAUCUCGGACUUGUACGUCCAGGAGGAGCGGGGAACGGCCUUGGGCCUUUUUUACUUGGGCCCCCUUCUAGGGCCCUUCAUGUCCCCGAUCAUAGGAGGCGCAGUGGCCGAGGCCUGGGGCUGGCGCGCCAGUAUGUGGAUCAUGGUGAUUGUGUGUGGACUCAGCUUUGUGUUGAUUGUCUUUUUUCUCCCGGAAACGUUGCCCCGAAACAAUGCCGAGGUGAUGAUGUCCAUGGUACAAGAAGCACUGCAGAAAGACGAGGGUCUAGAAUUGCACGACCUAUACAGAACUGUCAGCCUUUCCGGCAAUCUGUCUCUCGGGCACCAGGUUUUUGAGGAGAUGCCGGUGGAUGUGUUGAUGCCUACGGUGCUGCGGCAUCUAACCAGCCAGUCAUUCCGUUCCAUGAAAGCGUGUGACCCGCAGGUGGUCCAAUCCGAGAAAGAAUCGGGGGAGGCCCAUGGAAAAGCUCCUCUAGCGCUUCGGAACAAAGCACCCCCACAGCUUCGAGAAAAACAAACCUGGGCCUCGUAUGCCUACGACUACACGAUACGGCCCAUGCACGCCGUGGUGUUGUUGACGUGCCCGCAAGUGUUGCUUGCCAUAGCAUACUGCGGUAUUGGGGCCACAGGCAUCUACUUCUUGAACAUCACCAUUUCCAACGCGUACGCAGAGGCGCCCUACAACUUCUCACCCGUCAUCAUCGGACUCAUGUAUGUGCCCAACUCCGUGACUUUCAUCUUGGCCUCGAUCUACGGGGGCCGGUGGAACGACUGGCUCAUCAAACGCAGUGCGGCUCGCAACAACGGCGAGCUCCGGCCCGAGUUCCGUCUUUCGUGGAACAUCGCGUUGGCGGCCGCGGUGUACCCGCCUGCGUGCUUGAUUUUCGGCUGGUGCAUCGAAAAAAAACAGCACUGGGUGACGCCUCUAGUUGGAAGCGCUUUGCUUGGGAUCAGUGCCAUGAUUAUCAUGGGUGCCACGAUGACGUACUUGGUCGAUCUACUUCCGGGCCGGGGCGCCACGGGCGUAGCACUCAAUAACCUCAUGCGCCAGAUCUUGGCCGCUACAGCCACUUUUGUCACGGAGCCGGCCACCAGUGCCGUGGGCGCGGGGGUACUAUUCAGCAUCUACGCUGGUGUAGUUACCGCUGCUGUUUUACUUGUGGUGUACUUGAAGAAGCGGGGAGCACAUUUGCGCGAGAAGUACGACAUAACGUCUUACUACGCCAAGAUGUAG